AUGGGUUUAUCGAAAUCAAAAGAGUCGACCAGUACCACCAAAUCAACCUAUAAGGUUAUUAAUUAUGCAGAUAAAAAGUAUUAUCUGAUUGAUACGUUAGGAAGUGGUAAUUUUGGAUCUGUUUAUUUGAUUCGUGACGUUAAUUCGAAUGAAGAAUUUGCACUCAAAGUUAUUGAAGAGUCUGAAACAAAUUCAAGUUCAAUUAUAAAAGAAGUUAAAUUGGCUCAAGAAUGUGAACAUCCAAAUAUAGUAAAGAUUUAUGACUAUAAACUCUUGAAAACUUCUCCAAUUACCAAAGUAGAGGAUAUAAGUAAGGUGUUUUUGUGUAUUAGAAUGGAAGUUUGUCAAGGAAACUUGAAUCAAAUUUUAGAACGACUAAAAAAGGAAAAUAUCAAAGUUUCUGCCAAAGUUGCUUUCCAAUGGUUCAUUAAAAUGUUACAUGUCUUGAAAGAAUUGAACGAGUUGAAAAUCAUUCAUAGAGGAUUGGAUAAGGUUGAAGUUAAAAUUGGUGAUUUUGGAGUUGGCACUCAAUUACAGGCUCAUCAAUCAAAGGCAAAAACUAUUGCUGGAGAUGUUUUCUAUCAAGCUCCUGAAGUUUUUACAAAAAGCUACACUCCCAAAGUGGACGUCUAUUCUUUGGGAAUUAUCUUUGUCCAAGUAUUAGCAAGUUUACCAGAAAAAGAUUACAGAACUAACCUUGCAAAAUUAGCAAUAAUGGUAAACGGAAAAUUAGAUAUUAAUUCGUUGAUAAAUGUCCAAAGUAAUCAAUGGUUUGUAAAGACUUAUCAACAAAUUCUUGCAAGACUUUUGACAGAUAAAGCUAGUUUGCAGGUAAUGAAGUUGAUGGUUUGCGAUGCUGAUUCCAGGUUGGAAGCAAGAGAAUUGUUACAACACCCAAUUGUUACAACCUGGGAUAAUAUGAUAGAAAACAAGAAUGAUAAUGAUAUAUCGAAAUGUAACGACUCAUUUAUUGCUUUGUUGUCAGCCGCUUGCAUGAAAUCAAUGAAAAUUUCAGUUAGAAGUUUAAAUAUUAUCAAUAGUUGGAUUAAUGAAAAGGAUUAUUUAAACUCCUUUGUCAGUGAAAAUGAUGGAAUUCAAAUGGUGGCCUCUCAAUUUUCUUCUUUCAAUAAGAAUAUUGAAAGAUUGACAAGUGAAGAAACUGAAAAAUUCUCCUUAAUCCUUCAAAUUCUUACAAAAGCCUUACAUAGUCACAAUUCAGUCCAACUUGUUAUUUCCUCUAUCUUAGAUUCAGAUCUUCGAAUUUUCUGUGAGGAAUCAAAGAUUUCCAAGGCUAACAACAAGAGUUUCAUUGGCGAAUUCUUAUGGAAUCUUUUAUGUAAAAGCUUUAAGGCACGUAAAUUGUUUGCGCAAAGAAAUUUCCUUACACAAUGUGUACUAUUGUGGAGGGAGCACCCUUCUUGUAAUAAGUGGUUGGAAAUUGCUGCCUUGUGUAUACCUUACCUUCCUUUCCAAGUUCUUUCAUCAUUUAUUUCAAGUAUUGAAAUAGAAUUCACUAAAUCAGCAAUUGAGUUGGCACAACCUCAUCAAUUAGAAAAAACUUUCCAAACAUGUUUCAAUUACAGAGCAGAAGAAACAAUAUACAGAUAUCGUACCUCUAACGACGAUAAUGCUAAAAAGAAGAUUGAGCUAGCUAUAAGAAUUAAGGAAUUAUUAGAAGAUUUCAAUCAAGAAUAUCCUCUUCUGAUUAGUUCUUCAUACUAUGGGACAUGUUUAGGCUCUUGCUCUUGUAAUUUUUGGCAUUAUGUAUGUAAAACUUGCAAUAAGAAGAUUUGUUUCCAGUGUUUUCGUAAUGAAAAUCACGUAUCUCAUGAUAUAGAUAUUGAAAAUGGCAAUUUCACCUGCUUAGAGAUGAGAAAACAUGGAAUAAGUAUUCACCACUAUUUAGAAAAUGUAUCACAACAGUUAACAGACCAGACCCUGAAAGGGAAUGAAAGCACAAGCAAUGAGAAAUUUAUCCAAUCUGGAUCCAGUUCUAAAGUGUCCAUUUCAACUAAUGGCAUUCCAUUGAAUGCUUCCUUGAAUAAGUUCACGAUUGGGUAUAUCGAGCUAGGAAUACUGGAAAGAAAAGGAAAUUUGGAAUUCUUGUUCAUGGGUUGCACAUCCGAAAACGUUGACAAAGAUGAUAUUAGAAACAAAACUAUUUCCUUUUGUUUGAGAACUGGGUUAAUGACUAUUGAGUGCAAAUCCGAUGGCACAAAAAUGUCAAAACAGUACCUUCCUCCUGUUGAUAUAACUGACAGAAUUGGUUUUGGAGUUACUGGAGGUGGUUUUUGUUAUGCAAUUGUGAACUCGUAUGUUCUUCCUCUAAUUGACUACUCUCUGAUUGUUGAAGAAAACAAUUCGAGAGUUUUUUGGGCCAUGAAAACAGAAGGUUCGUGUGUCAUUGAGCUUUCUAAUAUUGUACCACAUUUGAAACUUCAAAAUCGUGUAAGAAGAAUAUUUGCUUACUUAUACGAAUGUGAUUUAGGAGCUGUUGUGUCGAUUUCUCUCAAUAUUCGAAAUAUUUCUGAUUUGAUAGAAUUGUUGAAAAUUAAGCUUAAUGACAGAAGCUUGGAGUUUAUAAGGUUAAAAGAGAACUUGUGUGCAAUUCACAGUCUUGAAGAUUUGAAAGACAAUGACGAAAUUGCUCUUCUUAACCAGCAACAAGAGUUAUCACUUGCUUGUAAAACUCUUGACUUGAAUAAUUAUUCACUAUUCUCUGAGUAG